AUGAAGUACGUGCUGGUGACUGGUGGAGUUGUUAGUGGUCUUGGCAAAGGUGUUACAGCCAGUAGUAUUGGUUUGCUUCUCAAAGCUUGUGGGCUUAGAGUCACUGCCAUUAAAAUUGAUCCUUACUUAAACACAGAUGCGGGAACAAUGUCCCCCUUUGAGCAUGGAGAAGUGUUUGUGUUGGAUGAUGGUGGUGAGGUGGACCUGGAUCUUGGAAACUAUGAGCGUUUUAUGGACAUCAAGUUGACCCGUGAUAAUAACAUAACUACUGGAAAAAUUUACCAGUCUGUCAUUGAUAAAGAGAGAAGAGGAGACUAUUUGGGAAAAACUGUUCAGGUUGUCCCUCAUAUCACUGAUGCUAUUCAAGAUUGGAUUGAAAGGGUGGCCCACAUACCCGUAGAUGGAAAGACCGGUCCAGCCGAUGUAUGUGUCAUAGAAUUGGGUGGAACCAUAGGAGAUAUCGAGUCCAUGCCAUUUAUUCAGGCUCUAGGACAAUUCUCAUACAGAGUAGGUGCUGGAAACUUUUGCUUAGUUCAUGUCAGCCUUGUUCCUGUUUUAAAUGCUGUUGGUGAACAGAAAACAAAACCAACCCAACAUAGUGUUCGUGCACUGCGAGGUCAAGGGCUGACUCCACAUAUUUUGGCAUGCCGCAGCACAAUGGUACUGGAUGAAAAUGCAAAGGGAAAACUCUCUCAAUUUUGCCUACUUCCGGCGGAAAACAUUAUUACCCUUUAUGAUGUUCCCAACAUCUGGCACAUUCCUUUGCUUUUAAGAGAUCAGAAUGCUCAUGAAGCAAUGUUUAAAGUGCUGAAUCUUCAUGGUGUAGCUCACGAGCCUAAUUUAGAGGAAUGGACUGGCAGAGCUGAAUCUAGUGAUUUGCUUCAUGAACCAGUUCGUAUAGCCUUAGUGGGGAAAUACACAUGCCUUUCAGAUUCUUAUCUUUCCGUUCAAAAGGCCUUACUGCAUGCUUCUGUUUAUUGUGAAAAGAAACUUGUUGUAGACUGGAUUCCAGCCAGCAACCUUGAAAGUGCAACUGCAAAGGAGAAUCCUGAUGCAUACAAGGCAGCAUGGAAGUUAUUAAAGGGAGCAGACGGUAUUCUGGUUCCAGGAGGGUUUGGGGAUAGAGGAGUGCAAGGAAAAAUUGUUGCAGCUAGAUAUGCCCGCGAAAACAGGAUUCCAUUCCUUGGCAUUUGUCUUGGAAUGCAAAUUGCUGUCAUAGAGUUUGCACGAUCUGUUCUUGGUGUACAAGAUGCUAACAGUACUGAAUUUGAUCCCCAUACCAAAAGCCCAUACAUCAUAUUUAUGCCCGAGGGAUCAAAAACACAUAUGGGAGGUACCAUGCGCCUUGGAUCUAGGAGGACAUAUUUCCAGACCAAGGAAUGCAAAUCUGCAAAAUUAUAUGGCGGCAAAAGCUUCAUUGAUGAGAGACAUCGGCAUAGAUAUGAGGUGAAUCCAGAUUUGGUAGCUCGUCUUGAAAAUGCUGGUCUCUCUUUUACUGGGAAGGAUGAAACAGGUCAACGCAUGGAGAUUGUUGAGCUACCUAACCAUCCUUACUUUAUCGGUGCUCAAUUUCAUCCGGAAUUUAAAUCAAGACCAGGAAAAUCUUCUCCUUUGUUCUUAGGGUUUAUUGGAGCAUCAUGUGGACAAUUGGAUGCUGUCUUACAGAGCUGUUCAAAUGCUGAUAAUAGUUUCUCGAAAGGAGUAGGCAAUGAUAUCUCUGCAGUCAAAACAUACAAAAGUAGAACUCCGACAAAGACAGCUUAUAGGGAUGAAUAUAUAUAUGGCAGUUGCAAUGGGUUGCAUUUCUAA